UUUGCUCGUGGAUCCUCCGGCGGAUGAGAUGUUCUUCAGAGGUGGAAAGAUUCAUAAGUGACGAUCAUCUGCUGCCGAGUUUCCACCACAUCUUCCUCUGCUGUGACGGAGAGACGGAAGCUGCAGAUGGAGACCCGCAGAGCAGGUGUCCAGCAGCUGCUGGUGAUGAAAGAAGAAGAAGAUGCUACUGAGCAGCAGGAGUGCAGCUCCAGUCUGGAUCAGGAGGGACAAGAACCUCCUCUCAUUAAAGAAGAACCAGAAGAAGAAGAUCUAGACCAAAUCAAAGAAGAGGCCACCCAGUUCUCCCUCACUCCGGUCCAGGUGAAGAGUGAAGAUGAUGGAGCAACCAGCAGCUGGACUCAACACAUGAAGACAGAAGCUGAUGGAGACACCUGUGGAGGAGCAGAAGCAGCCAGUGACUUGGAUACACCUCUCCUCCCUGACCACCAGAGGUCGCCUUGUUCUGACUCUGACACUGAUGACAGUGAGGACUGGAGAGACACCAGUGACACUCAGUCAGGUUCAAAGUCUGCGCAGAAUCCAAAGGUUCGUGUGAGUGGGAAGAAAGAUGAGGAUGAAUCGCUGAUCUGCUGUGGAUGUGGGAUGAAGUGUUAUUCACAGGGUGGACUGUCUCUACACAUGAAAUCCUGCAGGAGACCUUUGACUGAGUCUGGCGACACUGAUGACGCUGACGACAAUGAGGACAGAUGGAGAGAAACCAGUCACACUCGAUCAGGUUCAAAGUCUGCGCCGAAUCCAAAGGUUCGUGUGAGUGGGAAGAAAGAUGAGGAUGAAUCCCUGAUCUGCUCUGGAUGUGAGAGGAAAUGUUCUUCUAAGUCUGGACUGAUUCGACACAUGAAAUCCUGUAAUGGACCUUUGACUUGUUCUGUCUGUGGGAAAUUUUUUUUUAAGAGAAGUGAUCUGAAUCGUCACACGAUACUGCACUCUGGAGAAACACCUUUCAGCUGCUCUCAUUGUAGCCGUUUUUUCAAACACAUUGAACAACUAAACGCCCACAUGAGAUGUCACCUUGAAAAACCUUUAAGCUGCUCUCGCUGUGGUAAAUGUUUUUUGUACAGGGCGGACCUGAUGAAGCACAUGAGAGUUCAUACUGGAGAAAAGCCUUUUGUCUGCUCUCAGUGUGGAAAAUGUUAUACACAGAGUAGUCAUCUGAAGGGCCACAUGAGAGUGCACACUGGGGAAAAACCUUUCAGUUGCUCUCAGUGUGGUAAAUGCUUUGCGCAGAGCCAUUGUCUGAAGGUUCACAUGAGAAGUCAUACUGGAGAAAAACUUUUCAGAUGCUCUGAAUGUGGUCAAGGUUUUACACGGAGCCAUUCCUUGAACAUACACAUGAAAGGUCACACAGGCGAAAAGCCUUUCAGAUGCUCUCACUGUGGUAAAUGUUUUAUCCAGGAAUGUCGACUGACAGCUCACAUAAGAAUCCACACUGGAGAAAAGCCUUUCAUAUGUUCUUACUGUUUUAAAUGCUUUUCACUCAGCGCGACCCUUAGGUCUCACCUCAGAUGUCAUAGAGUAACUUCUUUCACAUGCUCUCAGUGUGGUCGAGAUUUUAAGCAGAGCCAUUAUCUGAAGAGACACAUGAGAAUUCAUGCUGGAUAAAAGCCUUUCAAAUGUAAAUGUGCUUCACAAAGCAGGGACCUUCGGACUCACCUGAGAUUUCAUCCUGGAGGAAAUUCCUUCAGAUGCUCUCAGAGAAGUCACACUGGAGACUAAACAUGUGCUCUCUGUGUGUGGUUUCUCCACUUAUCAACCGUGUGUACGUACACGUGUACUACAAGUGUAAGAAUGUUCCCAUGUGCAGUAUGGUAUUUAGCUUCUUGUGCUUUAAUAUAUUAUUAAUAUAUAUAUGUUUUUUUUUUUUUGGUUAGAAGCUCUACGACUCGAGAUGAAAUAACAAGCGAGUUCCUGGCAAGUGUGAGUGACGUCGCAGGGCUGAUGGAGCUGGCUCAGUUCAGGGAGCUGAUGGCUGGGUCUGCUGAGUCAUUAGUUGAAAACGGGACGUUUUGUCCUGGUCUUGCCAUCAGAACAAUCAUGGAGGUGAACAUGAGAUGCAGCAGGAAUGAAUGUUGUGAA